AUGACGGCCAAAUUCGACGUCGACUAUGUUUUAGCCAAUAUCACCGAGGACGACAAGAUCGCUCUUCUCUCCGGGAGUGACUUUUGGCACACACAUGCAAUCCCCAAAUUCAACGUGCCUCCGAUUCGUACCACUGAUGGCCCCAAUGGUAUCCGUGGCACCAAAUUCUUUGCCGGGGUGCCCGCUGCGUGUCUCCCAUGUGGCACGGCCCUAGGCGCCACCUGGGAUCGUGAUCUGCUGCAUCAAGCCGGUGUCCUGCUUGGCAAAGAAUGUCUCGCCAAGGGGGCACAUUGCUGGUUGGGUCCUACGAUCAACAUGCAGCGGUCGCCCUUGGGAGGACGGGGGUUUGAAUCGUUCGCGGAAGAUCCACAUCUCUCGGGAAUCAUGGCCAAGUCGAUCAUCCUGGGCUGCGAGAGUACAGGGGUUAUCUCAACGGUCAAGCACUACGUAGGAAAUGACCAGGAACAUGAGCGCCGCGCUGUCGAUGUGCUGGUCACUCCGCGAGCACUUCGGGAGAUCUAUCUCCGUCCCUUUCAGAUUGUUGCUCGGGACGCCCAUCCGGGGGCCUUGAUGACUUCGUACAACAAAAUCAACGGCAAGCAUGUCGUUGAGAAUCCUGCCAUGCUGGAUAUUGUCCGCAAAGACUGGAACUGGGAUCCUUUGAUCAUGAGCGAUUGGUUAGGAACAUACACCACCAUCGACUCGAUGAAUGCGGGCCUAGAUCUUGAGAUGCCGGGUCCGACGCGCUAUCGCGGAAAGUACAUCGAAUCAGCCAUGCAGGCGCGACUGAUCAAACAGUCGACGAUCAACAAGCGUGCCCGGAAGGUGCUAGAGUUUGUCCAACGCGCGAGCCGCGCUCCUGUGUCGGCCGAUGAGACUGGCCGUGACUUCCCAGAAGACCGGGCGUUGAACCGGACCCUGUGUGCGAACAGUAUCGUUCUGCUGAAGAAUGAUGGCAAUCUGCUGCCAAUUCCCAAGACAGUUAAGAAGAUCGCGCUGAUCGGGUCUCAUGUGAAGACUCCGGCUAUUUCAGGCGGCGGUAGUGCUUCUCUUGAACCAUACUAUGCAGUCUCUUUAUACGAUGCUGUGGUCGAAGCCCUUCCUGAUGCCAAGAUUCUCUAUGAAGCGGGCGCGUAUGCUCACAAGAUGCUUCCUGUCAUUGAUCGAAUGCUUAGCAAUGCUGUCAUCCACUUCUACAAUGAACCGCCCGAAAAGGAACGCACGCUACUGGCGACAGAACCGGUCGUUAACACUGCGUUCCAGUUGAUGGACUACAACGCUCCCGGUCUCAACAGAGGCUUGUUCUGGGCUACUCUAAUCGGAGAGUUUACACCAGAUGUCUCUGGGCUGUGGGACUUUGGUCUCACCGUAUUCGGAACUGCCACGCUUUUCGUCGACGAUGAGAUGGUCAUUGAUAACACCACCCGCCAAACCCGCGGAACGGCAUUUUUCGGCAAGGGAACGGUGCAGGAGGUUGGGCAGAAGCAGCUCACUGCUGGACAAACCUAUAAGAUUCGAAUCGAGUUCGGGUCUGCCAACACCAGUCCUAUGAAAGCUAUCGGUGUCGUCCACUUUGGUGGUGGCGCCGCACAUCUCGGUGCAUGUCUACACAUGGAUCCAGAGCAGAUGGUUGCCAAUGCGGUUAAAGUCGCUGCAGAGGCGGAUUAUACGAUCGUGUGCACAGGGCUCAACAGAGACUGGGAGUCGGAAGGAUUCGACCGUCCGGAUAUGGAUCUUCCCCCGGGCAUCGACGCCCUGAUUUCGUCUGUGCUUGACCUGGCGGCUGACAGGACUGUCAUCGUUAACCAAUCCGGAACUCCUGUUACUUUGCCGUGGGCGGAUCGAGCCAGAGGGGUUGUUCAGGCAUGGUAUGGGGGCAAUGAAACCGGUCAUGGCAUUGCCGAUGUCCUGUUUGGAGAUGUCAACCCGUGUGGAAAAUUGCCUCUUUCCUGGCCAGUGGAUGUGAAGCAUAACCCAGCGUAUUUGAACAAUAUGAGCGUGGGGGGUAGAAUGCUCUAUGGCGAGGAUGUGUAUAUGGGAUAUCGAUUCUACGAGAAGGUCGGCCGCGAGGUCUUGUUUCCAUUUGGACAUGGUUUAUCAUACACGACCUUCAGUGUCUCUCCUGAGGCGACUGUCUCUCCGAGUGUCUUCUCGUCGGACAGUCCACCCACUGCCAGAGUUCUAGUCAAGAAUACCGGUCCAGUAGCAGGAGCGCAGAUCCUACAGCUGUAUAUUGCCGCGCCCAAUUCAGCAACUCCACGCCCUGUCAAGGAGCUGCACGGAUUCACCAAAGUGUUCCUACAGCCUGGAGAAGAGAGAACAGUCGCUAUCCACAUCGACAAAUACGCGACCAGCUUCUGGGAUGAGAUCGAGGAUAUGUGGAAGAGCGAAGAGGGCGUCUAUCAGGUGCUCAUUGGGACUUCGAGUCAGGAGAUUGUGUCUCGAGGAGAGUUUAGGGUGGAGCAGACAAGAUACUGGCGUGGUGUAUAG